CAUUUCUCACUUCCCUAAGUAAAUUUGCUUUGGCCAGCACUGUGAAGCGGUUUUGAUAUGCCACUUGAACUAAUAAAAGAAGUCAAUGGGGUGCCUGAAGUGGAAACACUAAGUAAAUUACAGAAAGUAGAUUUCAGAUCACUGCAUCCAGGUUGUGAUUAUAGCAAGAAAUACGUUCAGGGAAAGCUUUCACUUACAUCUUCUUUAACUAAUGGUGGGAACAGAACAGCUGCUUUGAAGAUUGAAUUACAAGAAGAAGGAAAUUCAAAUACAGAGACGAACACCAUCAGUAUACUGUUUUUUGGAAAAUUAGCAAAGGACUGUGCAAAAGUUUUCUAUGAUGGGGAUACCAUUGCAGUGGCCGGAUUUAUUGUUUUGUCAGGAUCCUCUUCAUGCAGUGAUGGAAAAACAGACUUAGUUUUGAAAGCAUUUGAGGAUUUGCCAUCAACCGUUUAUGUUUAUGUUAAAGCUGUGAAAGAUUUUUCAACAGAAUCAAUGUCUUUGAUUCCAUCACCACAUUAUGUAUACACGCCCCUGAAUCAGUUAAAGGGUGGUAAUAUUGUCAAUGUAUAUGGUGUUGUGAAGUUCUUUAAGCCUCCGUAUUUGAGCAAAGGAACUGAUUAUUGCUCAGUUAUAACAAUUGUGGACCAGACAAAAGUUAAGUUAACCUGCCUGCUCUUCAGUGGAAAUUAUGAGUCCCUUCCAAUCGUUUAUAAAAAUGGAGAUAUUGUUCGCUUUCACAGGCUAAAGAUACAAAUAUAUAAAAAUGAGACUCAGGGUAUCACCAGCUCUGGCUUUGCAUCUUUGACUUUUGAGGGGACUUUGGGGGCUCCUGUCAUUCCCCGCACUUCAAGCAAGUAUUUUAACUUCACUUCCGAGGAUCGCAAAAAGGUGGAAGCCUUACGUGUUUGGGCAUCUACUAAUAUUUCACCUUCUCCGGCAUUAGUAAAAUUGUGUGACGUUCAGCCAAUGCAGUACUUUGACCUGACUUGUCAGCUCCUGGGCAAAGCAGAAGUGGAUGGAGCUUCGUUUCUUCUAAAGGUUUGGGAUGGCACAAGGACACCCUUCCCUUCUUGGAGAGUAUUAAUACAAGAAAAUGCUCUUCUUGGUGACUUAAAUCAGAUCCACCAGCUGCAGAAUCUGACAGUAGACAUUGUAGUCUAUGAUAACCAUGUUCAAGUGGCAAAGUCUCUGAAGGUUGGAAGCUUUCUUAGAAUCUAUAGCCUCCAUACCAAGCUUCAGUCAGCAAAUUCGGAGAGCCAGUCAACAUUUUUAGCCCUAGAGUUUCAUCUCCAUGGAGGUACCAGCUAUGGUCGGGGAAUCCGAGUCCUGCAGGAAAAUAAUUCUGAUGUGGAUGAAUUGAAAAAGGUUUUAAAAGCUGCAUAUUCGACUGCCAAUCAGUGUUCAGAAGGUAUCCGUCCAUUAGAAGUGGAAGACAACUUUCCUACUCUUUCAAGUUCUGGAUCCAUUUCGCUUUAUGAAGUUGAAAGAUGUCAGCAACUGUCAGCUACAAUUCUUACAGACCAUCAACAUUUGGAGAAAACCCCCCUAUGUGCUAUUUUAAAGCAAAAAGCUCCACGGCAAUAUCGUAUUCGAGCAAAAUUAAGGUCAUACAAGCCCAGACGACUCUUCCAGUCUGUUAAACUUUAUUGUUCCAAAUGCCAUUCACUGCAGGAAGUUCCAGAUGAGCGUGAUUUAGACAUCAUUUUGCAAGAGGGUUCAACUAAAAUUUCAGAUUCCAACAUACAAAAUACUUCAUUAUAUGAUUCAAAAGUCUGGACUUCUGAAGAUCAAGAACGAAAAGUAGCUUUUCAUUUUGUGAAAAAUAAUGGUAUUCUCCCACUAUCAAAUGACUGUCUAAUUUUGAUAGAAGGUGGCACAUUCCGUGAAAUCAUCAACCUCUCAAACAAGUUCCAUAGUGUAAUUCCUGUGAAAUCUGGCCCCGAAGACCUAGAACUCCUCAACCUUUCGGCACCGUUCCUCAUACAAGGAAAAACACAUCACUAUGGAUGUCAACGGUGUUCUAAUUUGAAACCAAUACAAAACCUAAAUUCCAUUGUUGAUAAACGAUCGUGGACUCCUUCUUCUGUGGCAGAAGUGCUUGGUAUUGUGCCCCUCCAACAUGUGUUUGUAAUGACAUUUACUUUUGAUGAUGGAACAGGAGUAUUAGAGGCGUAUCUCAUGGAUUCUGAGAAAUUCUUUCAGAUCCCAGCCUCAGAAAUCCUAACGAGUGAUGACCUUCAGCAAAGUAUGGAUAUGAUCAUGGAUAUGUUUUGCCCCCCAGGAAGAAAACUUGAUGGAUAUCCAUGGUUGGAGUGCUUCAUCAAGUCAUAUAAUGUCACAAGUGGAUCGGAACAGCAAAUUUGCUAUCAGAUUUUUGACACGACAGUUGCCGAUGAUGUCAUAUAAUAUUUAUAGCCAUUUCACUUUGCAUUUGUAAAACACCGUCAUUUUAGGGAACAUUAAAUUUUAUAUGAUUGCUAUAAAAUAUGGAGUUUGCUU